CUUUUUCUUUUUAUUCUGUCAUCAUGUCUAGAUAUCGUGAAGGAGAACUAGGGAAACAAGCUACCAGAUAUAAUGGACUGUUCUCAGAAAAGGAUUGGAAAUGUGCAAUAUGUAGCAACAUCAAUUGGGCCAAACGUGAGGUAUGCAAUCAGUGCUCAAAUGCCAAGCCUGGAUCCAAAGAUACUAUUGGUCGACGCGAAGGCGCUGGUGGUGGAUUCAUGGAACGAGAACAAGGUGAUACUUCUCGACGGCGACGACAACCUAAAGAUGACGAUGAUGAAUGGGAUGAAUUUGGCCGACGCAUCAAAAAGCGACAAUCCAUGGGAACAAAUCAACAAAAGGAUACCGAAAUCAUAGAACAAGUAAAGGAUAAUGAUAAUGGCAGCAAUGAUGACGAGGAUGACGAUGAUGAAGAUAAUGGAAAGUACAGUGCAUGGAAUGAUAUAUUAUCGGACGAAGAUAGUGAAAAAAAUGAAAAUAAAAGCAAUCAACUCUCACAAUCUCCUUCCUCAAGACGACAUCGCUCACGGUCACCAGCAUCAAGACGACAUCGCUCACGAUCACCAAGAUCAAGACGGCAUCGCUCACGAUCACCAAGAUCAAGAAGACAGCGCUCACGAUCACCAGCGUCAAGAAGACAUCGAUCAAGGUCACCAAGAUCAGGAAGACAUCGAUCAAGGUCACCAAGAUCAAGAAGACAUCAAUCAAGAUCACCAGUAUCUAGAGGACAUCGCUCACGUUCACCAGUAUCUAGAGGACAUCAUUCACGCUCACCACCAAGACAGCAUCGAUCAAAGUCAUCAAGGUCAGUCUCGGAAGAACGACAUCGAUCAUCAUCAACAUCAUUGAAAUCUAAGCGAUCAAGAUCACGUAGUAUGGAAAGGAAACAGAAAGGCUACCGUGGACAUGGUGGUAGAAAUGGACGCUAAGGGGGAAUGAUGUUGUCGUUAUCUUGUCUGAUGUGCCUUACAUGAUUUAUUAGUUACGUAUUUAGUUAGUUUAUUGGUUAUGAUAGUAUCUUAUGUAGGAUUGAUGUUAAUAAAAUGAUUGGUUAAUUUGAAGCAAAA